ACGCAGCUUCAGUGGCCCACUUUCUCAACAUGAAUCUUGGACUAAGCUCAGUGAAUCUCAGUUGAUGCCAAGUGGACAAAGUGAAUUAAAAGCUUAUUUUAAUUUAAAGUUAGAGCAGAACAUGAUGCUCCCUGGAGGCAGAGUAGCUCAGGGAAGGUUUCACUCGCACCGACUUCUGUUUCUUUUGGAUGCUUCAACAACAAAUUACGGAGGAAGCUGUGGUAGGAAGGUGAGAAGGAAACAAGGAGACAAGGAAAUAAGGAAGAGCGCAAAAAGGAGACAGACAUUCCAUCACAGCUCCCGCAGAGCUGCAGCAGGGACGAGUCUACCAGCCGUGAUUUCUUAUUGUGCAAAAAGGCAGAGCAGCAAGGAGUCCACAGGAAUGAGUCCGCUGAGAGGUUUCCCCUGGCUUUUGACAUUCCUCUAUGCAGCAGCUGUGUGUGCAGGUGUGAGUGGUGCAAAGGUCGACAAUGUGUCAGAAAUCUGUCGUCAUCCAUGUGAGGAGCUGGUGGACUUGCUCACUGAGAUCCAUGGCCUGCGUAUUGUCACCAACAGCCUGCUUGAUGACCUGGAGAAAGUCUCAAAAGAAAACGAGGAGAUGCGCAUAACUUUGGAUGAGCUGAGCAACGACAACAACAGUAGCAGCGGCGGCAGAAGGAUCAACAGUGACGACAGCAGCGGCGGUGGCGGCAGAAGCAACAGUGACGGCAGCAGUGGCGGCAACAGCGGCAGAAGCAACAGUGACGGCAGCAGCAGCGGCAGCGGUGGCGGCAGAAGCAACAGUGACGGCAGCAGUGGCGGCAGCAGCGGCGGUGGCGGCAGAAGCCACAUCAGUGGCAGCGGCAGCAGUGGCGGCAGCAGUGGCGUCAGCAGUGGCGGCAACAGCGGCGGUGGCGGCAGAAGCAAUAGUGACGGCAAAGGUGGCGGCAGCAGCGGCGGUGGCGGCAGAAGCAACAGUGACGGCAGCAGCGGCGGUGGCGGCAGCAGGAGCAACAGUGACGGCAGCGGUGGCGGCAGAAGCGACGGUGACGGCAGGAGCGGCGGUGGCGGCAGCAGCGGCGGUGGCGGCAGAGGCAACAGUGACGGCAGCAGUAGUGGCGGCAACAGCGGUGGCGGCAGCAGCAACAUCAGUGGCGGCAGUAGAGGCAUCAUCAGCAGCAGGAGUCGUGUCUAUGGUGAUGAUGAUGGUCAUGGUGGCGGCCUUGGAUAUGGCGGUGAUCUCGAUGAUCUUGACAGAGACAGGGAUGUCUGGUGUAUGCAGGAUGGACGAGUGUACCAGCACGGGGACGAUUGGGAGGUUGACAGCUGCACCUCCUGUGCUUGCCAGCGUGGAAAGGUGGUGUGCGAGCAGGUGUCUUGCCCUCCUGUGUCCUGCAUCAAUCCAUCCUUCAUUGAUGGAGAGUGCUGUCCUGUCUGUCUCAAUAAGGAAGACGGCUGGUCCCCGUGGUCUGAGUGGACCGACUGUUCGGUCACCUGUGGACGUGGAGGGCAACAGAGGGGGCGAUCCUGCAACGGCAUCAAGCCGUCGUGUGCCGGUCCGUCGGUCCAAACCCGCAGCUGCAUGCUGAUGAAGUGUGACCGCAAGGUACGUGCUGAUGGAAACUGGGGCCUUUGGUCUCCUUGGUCUGCGUGUACAACCACGUGCGGUGAAGGCAACAUCACACGGGUUCGUCUCUGCAACAACCCCCCGCCACAGAAGGGGGGCCGGGGGUGCUCGGGCAGCGCCAGGGAGACACAACCUUGCAACAACACGCUCUGCCCGAUUGCCGGAGGCUGGACAAGCUGGACCGAAUGGUCACUGUGCUCUGAGUCGUGUGGGGGAGGUCUCAUGAGUCGUCAGCGGGAGUGUUUGAACCCCGCCCCACAGAAUGGCGGGAAGCCUUGUGCAGGAGAUGCUGUGGACUAUGAAGCUUGUAACAAACAACCAUGUCCUAUAGACAUAUGUUUGCUGUCAAAUCCAUGCUUUCCUGGGGUGGAGUGCACAUCACAUAGUGACGGUUCAUGGGAAUGCGGACGCUGUCCUUUGGGUUCAAAUGGCAACGGCACUCACUGUGAAGAUGAGAAUGAGUGUGAAGUGGAGGAUGUGUGUGUUACAGAGUGUGUAAACACAGACCCAGGGUUCUACUGUCUGCCCUGUCCUCCCCGCUAUAAAGGGCCUCAGCCAUUUGGUCUCGGGCUGCAGGAAGCGUUGAAAACCAAGCAGGUAUGUGAACCGUACAAUCCUUGCAAAGACAACACACACACCUGUCACAAGUAUGCAGAGUGUGUGUACCUGGGAUUGGCGUCUGAGGUUUUGUUCAAGUGUGUGUGCGCUGUCGGGUUCGCGGGCGACGGCUUCCUGUGCGGUGAAGACUCUGAUCUGGACGGCUGGCCCAACAACAGAUUACCCUGCAAGAAGAAUGCAACUUAUCACUGUCAAAAGGAUAACUGCCCCAUGCUACCAAACUCUGGACAGGAAGACCUGGACAGGGAUGGACAGGGAGACGCCUGCGAUCCUGAUGACGACAAUGACGACAUCAUGGAUGAGAGGGACAACUGCCCGCUGUUGUACAACCCUCGGCAGUUUGACUCUGACAGAGAUGGGGUCGGGGACCGCUGUGAUAACUGUCCGUUUGAUAGCAACCCGCUGCAGACAGACACGGAUGACAAUGGAGAAGGAGACGCCUGCAGCAUCGACAUCGAUGGAGACGAGGUCCUGAAUGAUCGUGACAACUGUCCCCUAAUCUACAACACAGACCAGAGGGACACAGACCUGGAUGGUGUUGGAGACCAGUGUGACAACUGUCCCCUUCUACACAAUCCACUGCAGCUUGACUCUGAUAGUGACCUGGUGGGGGACAUGUGUGACGACAACGACGACAUUGAUGAGGACGGCCACCAGAACUCUCUCGACAACUGCCCCUACAUCGCCAACAGCAACCAGGCCGACCAUGACAAUGACGGGAAGGGGGACGCAUGCGAUCAUGAUGAUGACAACGACGGUAUCCCUGACGACCGGGACAACUGCAGACUGGUGCCCAACAGGGACCAGCUGGAUUCUGAUGGUGACGGUAGCGGAGAUGAAUGCUUUGAUGACUUUGACAACGACAGUGUUCCAGAUGCGCAGGAUCCCUGUCCCAUGAACCAGGAUAUCGGGUCUACAGACUUUCGAAAGUUUCAGGUUGUUUUGUUGGACCCUAAAGGCACCACGCAGUCAGAUCCUCUGUGGGUGAUCCGCAGCCAAGGCACUGAGCUGCUGCAGACGGCCAACUCGGACCCUGGCAUCGCUUUAGGAUAUGACAAGUUCAGCUCUGUAGACUUCAGUGUCACAUUUUAUGUAAACACCAACCGAGAUGACGACUACGCAGGCAUUGUGUUUGCCUACCAAUCCAGCCAACGCUUCUACGUCGUCAUGUGGAAACAGGUGUCUCAGGCCUACUGGGAGAAAAAGCCGUCUAAAGCUUUUGGCAUAGCGGGAGUUUCAAUCAAAGUGGUCAACUCCACCACAGGACCAGGGGAGUAUUUACGCAAUGCGCUGUGGCACACCGGAAACACCAGACACCAGGUCAGAACUUUGUGGCAUGAUCCCAAUAAAACUGGCUGGAAGGACUACACCGCAUACCGCAUGCACCUCAUCCACAGACCCAAGACUGGAUUCAUCAGGGUGGUGGUGUAUGAGGGCAGGGACAUUUUAACCGACUCGGGCGCGGUGUACGACCACACCCUGGCAGGAGGCAGGUUGGGACUGUUUGUCUUCUCUCAGGAACACGUCCUCUUCUCAGACCUUAAAUAUGAGUGCAGAGAUAACUGAACAAGCCACCAGAGAUCCACAUUCAUUUCAGAGAAUCUUAACACGACUGAGUGAGAGAGAGAGAGGGAGGGGGAGGGGGAGGGGAUGCACCAAACAGGCCUUCAUCCUGCCAAGACUAUCAAUUAGUGACCAUCAUCUAUCUAUCAGCUUUUUCUAUGCGGCAGUAUUGAUUUCAGGCUGUCUCAUUCGCUGUAUUUUACUGUAAACACUUCCGGUGACAGUAACCUAUUGUUGCUUUUCAGUUGCUUUUUGCUAUUGGUUGUAAAUAUAAUUAUUUAUUGCCAGAUGCCAGAUAUAAAAGGGAGUGAAUGGAAGAUUAACUGGUGAUGGAGUGAGCAGAGCAACGUGCAGAUGUCUGGUAGUAACUUAUCAAUAAAAUACUUGGAUUUUUUUUCUCAAUUGUUUCUUUUAUUUAUUUAUUUUUUUAUUUUCUGAUGAGG